UGCGUGCGAGAGUUAUGAUGGAGUCGGUCGCAAUCUCUUUCCUCUCAAAAGCAUUCCCAUUUCGUGUUAAGACGUUUCCUUCAAAAUCACCAACUGGGUAUUCUCCCUUUCCACCUAUUCGCUCCAAACAGUCCGAUUUCCAUGAUUUUCGGGACUAUGCAAAGCCUGCUCGCCUUUUGCGAGCAGCAGAAAUUAAAGUAUGUACAGAUAACUUAGCAGAAAAUGUUCUCGCGCAUAUUGGGAAUGACGAAUCUCGGUCUUUGUAUAAGGUGAAGUUAGGUACUAGUAAUUUCUCCGCCUCCAGCCUCAGUGACUCGAAUGCCGGAGUCCUCCUGUGUUUGAUAGACGAAAAUGGAGAUUCGAUAUUACAGAGAAUUUCCGCCGGUUUGGUUGGAUACCAUUAUGCGGAUUCAGAUGAUGAUGACUUACUCCAAUUUCAAAAGGGUUCUGUGGAGGAAUUCACUUUUGAGGGUCCAAAACUAGGGAGAGUUGAAGCUAUUUGGAUUGGUGUUGAAUCAGGCCAUUGGAGGUUAGGUAGCGUUAGCUUGAGUGUCCUUAAUGGGUGUCAACAGUCAUUGAAAGAGAGAGACAGAGAAGAAAUUCAAUACACCAGUUUCACGUACGAAUUUGAGGCUGAGGAUAUCCUGCUUGGGGAGGGGACUAUUGUCUCCAUGCUGGAAUUCAGACCCUGUCGCGUCACCGAACUAUCUGGAGUUGAUGCCUCCACCUUGUUUACUAGAAGCCUUCUUGAACCAACUUCACUUGCAAGCCAACGUGUAUCAAACGAGGAGAGCAUGAGGGAAUAUGCAGAUCUCAAGCUCUCUUUGCUAGUUUAUGACGCAUCAUUGAUCUGUAUUGGCACGUCGGCAACAUCUUUCACAGCUGGAGAACGUGCAGCUCUUGCAUUUUUAACUGGUGGGGUUGUUGGCUUCUUGUAUCUGCUUCUUCUGCAGAGGUCUGUUGAUGGAAUAUCCGCUCCAGAAUCGAGUUACAAGAACACAGGAGGAACUGAGCGAACAUUUGGUGGCUUUAAGGGCCCGAUAUCUAGCCUUGCAUUGGCAAUUGGUUUCACGUUAUUUGCGGUCAAGUAUAACUCAGCGGUCAAGUAUAACUCGGCAGAUCUUACGAUGGUGUUGACACCAAAAGAGCUUAUAGUUGGUAUGAUGGGAUUUCUUGCGUGUAAAGUUGCUGUUGUGUUGGCAGCAUUUAGGCCUUAGCAAAUGGUGUGAAGAUAAACAAGUGAAACUCUCUAGUUUUUGUCUGUUUUAGGUUAAGAACUUGUUGUGGAGACACCCUUGCUGUCUAACAGUUUAUGCAUGGUCAAAAAUCAUCUAUACAUAGAAUUUUGUAUCUGGAACAGAAGAUUCAUAAUAUACAAAUCAAAUUAUUA